GAUAUGAAUCGGGCCGUAUUAUGUCCCAGUGGCCUUUUGUACAUACCUGUCGGUAUAAUUCGCUCAUUUAGCCUAGCGUUAUGUUACAUUCAGACGAAUUAGUUACCAACCAAAACGAAUGGGAGUCAUUAAAAUACAGUCCGCUUUUAACUUUUAUGACAUCGAAAUUAUAACCCUCUUAUAUUAAAAGCUUGAGCGCGGGAUAUAAUGAAUUGCCAAAAUGAAUGAUAUAGUCACUGUAGUCUAUUAAGAUGCUAAUGCAAGUCCUCGGCCCAUUUCCUUAUCAAACAUCAACGGUGUUCUGACAUCAAACGGUACCGCGACCACUCAUUCACAACACAACACUACCGCGCUCACCAACUUAUCUACGUCAUGUCCUAGCUCUUACCUCAUUGACAAACAGACUAUAAUUGUUGGAUCUAUGUUAGAAAUAACUUGGUAGGUGGUACAGGUGAAACCUUCGUUUCACAUUCGGCACGCGCUACCGCCAAAGAUUUCAAGCAUUUUUUUAUGACGCCAAAACGAGAAAGAUGCACGCUUGUGAGAGUUUUUACUACGCGAUAGAGAGGGAGGGCCGAUAGUUUUUUCAACGAGCGUGGCUCGGCGUUGAGAUGAGGCGGUAAUUAAUUUGAUCAGUCGGUGUACGUUGUAACCAUGUGGCUAAGGAGGGAUUCUGCUCUGAUUUCAAUUUGUCGAUAAACAGAAAGUGUGUCAGCUAAUUUUGCAUCCUGAUCACAGUUAUCCUUGUUGUAUUCAGGCGAGCGGCUCCUAGAAGAAUACGUGAUAUUAAAUAUAUUAUAUUGAGAAGUUACAUUUUAAAUUGAUAAAUAUAUAUUUCAAUAUACACGUUUUAUUAUACCUAGUGUUAAUAUUGGAAGUUAUUCUGCUAAAAUCUGUGGCAUUUGUAACAUUUGAUGUUUAUUGAAUAGGGACAGUCAACAAUUGUAUGCACAGGCAAUUAAGUUUUAUUAGUUUUAUAACAGUUGUUUCUUUUAACAGCAUUUCUUCAUCAUAACUGUUUGAGACUGAUCUAUGUAUGUAUAUUACUGCCGCCAGCUCCUUACAAACAAUACACUUUAAUAACGAAUAAUUUUGAGAAAGAAAUAUAAUUUAGGUAUAUACAAGUGAUACAGAUUAUUUAGAUUUCAAAAUAUAUUUAGAAGCUUUAUUAAAUGUUAAAAUGUCAAUGAGCUCUUUAAGGCCAAAUAAAUAUAAGUGUAGAACACGUCUUCCCUGGUGUAAUGAGGAUUUUGGCAACAUAUCGAUAUAUCGACAUGCACCUGUCCCUAGCCGCGGGGUCCGGGGCAGGUGCCUCGAGACGCGGCGGCGCGCCAGUCUCCCGCGCCCGCCGCUGCGAUCAGACGUCGCGAUCAUCGACAAUCGAGAGAACACACGUGCGCGCAACCCUAUUCGUUCUAAUUUCAAAUUUUAUUAAAAUAGAACAGUGCAGUGCUCGCGGAUUUUAAUCGACUAUUUUGUAUCAAGAUAACAAAUAUAAAAUCAUUGAGACGAGCAAGUGCAGUGCAGUGACACAAAAGAUUAUGUUCAGUGCCAAAACUAUUAUUGUGGCCAAGAACAGAAGGUGACAGUCGUGCUGCUCAUGUCAGUGUUGUGUUGUGAACAAUGAUUGUUUGGCGAACGAAGAACCCUAGUCGUCGGAAAAUAAGUGGCUGGUCCAAAAUGGCAUCAGAUGUUGCAUCUCAUAUACCGAGGACGACAUUUGUUUGGUUAAUUUUUACAUUGGUAAAUACACGGGUACGGGCGGGCGAGCUAUGGCCUGUCGACAGGCCAGACGGCAUGCCAGUCAUACAAUCGCUAGAAGUAAUGUGCGGGAAGGAUCAUAUGGACGUACACCUUACGUUCUCACAUCCUUUUGAAGGAAUUGUUUCGUCGAAAGGUCAGCACGGGGACCCUCGCUGCGUCUACGUACCGCCAUCGACAGGACAAACAUAUUUUUCCUUUAGAAUCGCAUACGCAAAGUGCGGAACAAAACCAGAUCUCCACGGUCAGUUCUACGAAAACACAGUAGUAGUUCAAUAUGAUAAGGAUCUGCUGGAGGUGUGGGAUGAAGCCAAGAGGCUGCGCUGCGAGUGGUUCAACGACUACGAGAAGACCGCCUCCAAACCGCCCAUGGUCAUCGCCGAUUUGGAUGUUGUACAACUGGACUUCAGAGGAGACAACGUGGACUGCUGGAUGGAGAUCCAAGCCGGCAAGGGCCCGUGGGCGCCGCCAGUGUCCGGCAUUGUGCCUCUGGGGUCCACACUGACGCUUGUGGUCGCCAUCAACGAUUACAGAGGUGAAUUCGAUAUGCGUGUGAAAUCGUGUGCAGCUUCUGAUGGCUCCGGACACAUUAUACAGCUUUCAGAUGAAUACGGUUGCGUUUUGCGUCCGAAGAUGAUAUCCAGAUUUUUAAAAGCUAAGGCAGCAGAUGAGCGAGCAACGGUGAUCACGUACGCCUUUUUCCACGCCUUCAAGUUCCCUGAUGCACUGAGUGUGCAUAUUCGAUGCAAAGUGGAGAUCUGCAGGCACGGCUGCUUGGACCAUUGUCAGCUAGCCGGUGUGGCUCCUCAGAGACACGGGGCUCUGGACAGGAAGGAUGAUCGGACUCAUCGUGAUCACAAUGAAAUCAAUGAUUCAUCAUCCGAAGAAGUAGCAGAAUCGAGCCUAAUUGAAGAAACUCGUUUACCACUGGAAGAAGCUUUCGGGGACGAGGUAUCAGGCGACGCGGUGCCAGCGCCGGCGCCGCUGCCGCAGCGCGCGCCCGCGCCCGUGGUUGAGGACUCUGACCAUAUGUCCGCCGUGGAGGAGCUGGUCGAGGCUCUAGCUAGACCAUUCACUGAUCGUCCCAGCGAUCUCGACGAGCGCGAACGUUUCCCCCACGGGCCGCGGACAUUCGGCUCCGACAAGCCAGUCUCCGACGCCGUGGUGCCCGCCAAGCCUCCAGGACCCGCCGUGGCUGGCCCCAGGUCUCUUCGCAAGAGGAGGACUGUUCGGGAAGGAAGAUCCGCUGAUGUUGGCGUUUCAGGCAUCUACGAAGUGGUCUCAGAGGCUGACUUAGCGUUUGGUCCGACAAGAGAACCAGUCACCGUGUUUAGUGGCAGGAUUAGAGAAGAAGUGGUAUACGGCGUGUGUAUGGGCGCGGUGAGCUUCGGCGCUCUGUUCGCGUCGGCGGCGGGCGCGGCGGCCGGCGCGGCGCUGGCGGCGGCCGUGCUGCUGCAGCGCCUGCGCGCGCGCGCCGCCGCCGCGCCGCCCGCGCCUGCGCGCGCGCCCGCGCCCGCCUCGCACUCGCUGGCCGCGUGGAUGGCGCUGCGGCUGCUCGGCGAGCCGACACACCCGCACCGUUCGCGCGACGGCUGAUCUUCUUUAGACUGUUCUAUUUUUAUAUUCUGUGACCUUUUAAAUGACGGACGAUAAAUCUGAUAGACGUGCCCGGUCGGUUGUACCGAACCGUUUGUCACCGUUAAAACGUUGGCAAAACUUUAUGGUAUACUCGUAUGAAUUUUCAUGGUUCAUUACUGAUUGACGUUGACCAGUCCGUUAAUUGUGGUCGGUGCGACGGACCCUUAAUCUUCUAGAAUUGGUGAAGUGUUGUGAUUGCCAAACGACGAUGAUUACUAGCGUUUAGUCGGCGCCAUAUGGUGAUAAUAUUUAUUAUUCCGGCACGACAAUUUUUUGCUAGAUUUGGCACGUCUAUAAGUUAUAUCGAUUUGGAGUCGUCCAAAGCAAAAAAAAGCCGGUGGUAUUAUUCUAAUUCCAAUGUCGUAAAUCAUGUUUACCUAGUUCAUAUAGCUCCAUGUCAGGCUCCAUGUAAAAUCAUUGUCAUUAUGUUUGUCUCGGAAGAGAAAAAAGGCUGAGUUGGAGAUUUUUUUUACUGUCAAUGUGGAAUUUUUACAUUAUUGCGUCAUAUUUUUUGCUCGUAUGUGAUAUAUCAAAUAGCCAAUGGUUUUCAUACAAUACAUAGUUACAUGUGCAUACGUUUGUAAAAACACCUACAGUCCAUCUUAUCUAACUUUGCACGACUUGAACAAAGUAAGCAUUUCUGCUACAAAUAAAUUUUGCUUUGGAUGACCAAAAUAUUAUAGUAGCCUUUGUUUAGUGUUAUAUGCACAUGAUAUAACAAUAAGGGCUUAUUUAGACGGUGCGAGAACUCGCAUGCGAGUUUCAUUACAUUGCGGUAUUUGAUCGGUCGGAUGAAUUGGAUGUAACCUCGAUAGUCCGCAAUGUAACUAAAAUCGCACGUCCUCUAAAUGAGCCCUAAGUGAUGGUUAAAAUGUAAUCUACUUAAAAAUAAAUUCAAUUUUUUUUUUCAAAAAAUUAUACACUUAUAACUUGUCUUUUAAUGAAUUCUAUUAUACUAUAGCAGUAGUAAUUUUUGACUGCUUUGAUAUUUUUGCUUCCAGGAUAAAGGUCAAAUGAUGAAUCUGAUAAAUAUUAUUUUAUUUUGCUGUCAAUUGUGUUUCUAUGUACUUGAUUUUAAGGUAUUUGUUAUUUUUUACAAGUUGCGAGUAUAAUUAUUGAAAUCAUAUGGUUUUAAAUCACACCGCGUGCUUAAUGGUGCUAAGUCGUGCUACGGACGCAGUCCUAUGAAACCUGAUUGUAUUCAUUUUUCACUGUUGUGAAUAUUUUACAUUUUAUACCAAUAAGUUUUGUACAGAGUUUGCCCUUUGUUAAUUUAUAAUCAUUUGCGAAUACUGUAGCAUUAAGUGUAAGGAUAUGUCCAGUCAUGCCAAUAGGUUAAGUUUAGUGUUUUAGAUAAGUAUUUAUAUGAGAAUCUUUGAAAUCAUCAUGUGCACAAAUCUACUUAGGAUCAACAGGAAAAAUACUCAAAUGUCUAUUGCUAGCGUAACUGUCGGAACAGGUACAUUCUGCGUUUAUCAAACUUAUUUGUACUACCUGUUGACUGUUAAUGUAAAUGUAUAUUUUUUACGUUAUUUCGUUAAUGCAUUAUCUUCUUUAUUAUUAAAAAUCAAGGUUAAACAUCUCCUUGAUUAUAUUUUUAAUAAUAAGUGUCCUGACUUGAAAAUUACAACUUUUACAUUGUAACAAAAUAUUCUUACGACGUCCUGGCAUAGAUUGAAAAUUGUGACUAUGCUUCUAUGUUGUGAGAAUAUUUUAGAACACUUAAGUACCUCUUAGUAAUUUAUUUCAUAAAUAUAUUUUUAAAGAUGUAGAUAUAAUAAUGUAUGUGCUUAUAAUUUGGCCAUCCAUUUCCAAAACUGAAAAAUGUAAGCUCGCUUUUUGCAUUUAUUUUAGUGACAAAGUGGUUGGCCCUCUAUAAGUCAUAAAUACGUACUAAUAGACAACUGUACUGUACACAUACUGUAGGUAGUUAAAACACCAAUGAAUGUUGCAUACUAAGUAUAUAUUUUAUUAUUUAGUGGUUGGUUUUAAAUCAAAGGAUUAGGAUUUAUAAUAAUGAUUCAAAAGAAUCGUAACUUAUCUUGCUCAAUAUUAUUAAAUUAUAAAUUAAAUAUAUUUUAUCAACGCUAAUAAUACGUAAACACGUAGCUAUGAGUAGAUUUAAUAUUUAGUCAGUUAAUAAAUACCUAACCUAUUUAAGGUGAAGUUAGCAAGUUUGUUUAUGAUUUAUGAUUGAAACGAUUACGAUUUAGCGUUGGGAGAUCAAAUCGACAUUCAAAAGAUAAACCGAAAAUGGUGCAAACAUUAAUAAAAACAUAACAGUCUCAGGCCAAAAUAACUAACAUCAUGUUACAAUACUUAACUUUUAAUAAUUCUGACUAACGAAAAUUUAAAAAGUAUGUUCACAUCACGAUAGUAUAAAUGUUCUUGACUCCAAUUUUUAUACUCAGCUGAAUACCAAACAUACCUCCAUUUUAGAUAUCUACAUAUAACAAAAAGUUACGUAAUACACAGAUAGUCAUCUACUAGUACCUACUUAUUCACAAUGUAUUUAGACAAAAAAUAUACCGCUGUUCUCCCAGCUAUGUACUUAUGCCACCCAAAAAAAUGCAUUUAUACUUUUUUUAUUAUAAACUUAAGUUACGUAGCGUUUUAUGAGAAGAUAAUUUCUCUAAGUGCAAUUUAUUUAUAUACCCAUUUAAUUUACAAUUUUGAAUAUUACAAUAUUCUUUACCGAUAAGUUUUAUUCUGUUAUGGGUUUGUGUUUCUAUUUCUUUUUAUUCAUUAUGUUUUUGGGUCGUUCUUAACGAAUAUUUCGUUAUAAGUCUCUCCAGAAGUGUGUUCAGCGCGUAAAAACUUUGUAUAAAUUCGUUUAAUGAAAUAAAAUGUGUUGAAACGAU